GGGUUCGGAGCUUGGCUUGGGUCCUCCCCAGUUCCCCUCGGACUGUAGGAGACUUGGGCCGGCCGGACGCCCCUUCUGGCACACUCCCUGAGCCAAGCGCUCACGCACACACACAAACACACUCCCCUUUUCCUCCCUUGAGCCCUCUCUCCCAUCCUUCUCCACAGAGCGCUCGCUCACGCUCUCUUUUUCUCUCUCCUAACAUACACACAGACACCCUGUGGUUCACACUCGGGUCCUCUCGGCCCCCGCGCUCUCCUCGCACCCACCUGCUCCGCAGAGCCCUGGGCACACCCCUAGGUCGCGCGCCCCUGGCGCUCCAGGCGCGGACUGUCGCAGCUAGAGGGGGCAGCGUGCUCCGGGGUGAGCGCCCCCGCUUCGCCCCUCCUCCCUCCCACAGGGGCGCUCCCGGUGCCCGUACCGUCCGCUCAGCUGGAGUGGACGCUUGAGGCCAUGGUGGGAGCGCUCGCCCACCACGGUGCCCGCUGAGGCCAUGCCGCGCCCCGGGCGCCCCUCCGGCGCCCGCCUGCGCCUGCUUCUGCUCCUGCCGCCGUUGCUACUGCUCCCGGGCAGCUACGCUGGCAACCUGACUGUGGCCGUGGUGCUGCCUCUGACCAACACCUCGUACCCGUGGUCUUGGGCGCGCGUGGGACCGGCGGUGGAGCUGGCCCUGGCCCGGGUGAAGGCGAGGCCGGACCUGCUGCCGGGUUGGACAGUCCGCACGGUGCUGGGCAGCAGUGAGAGCGCGCUGGGCGUCUGCUCCGACACCGCCGCGCCCCUGGCCGCCGUGGACCUCAAGUGGGAGCACAGCCCCGCGGUGUUCCUGGGCCCCGGCUGCGUGUACGCCGCCGCCCCCGUGGGCCGCUUCACCGCGCACUGGCGGGUGCCGCUGCUGACCGCCGGCGCCCCAGCCGUGGGCUUCGGAGCCAAGGAUGAGUACGCGCUGACCACCCGCGCGGGACCUAGCCACGCCAAGCUGGGCGACUUCGUGGCGGCGCUGCACCGACGGCUGGGCUGGGAGCGCCAGGCGCUCGUGCUCUACGCCUACCAGCCCGGUGACGACCAGCCCUGCUUCUUCGUGGUGGAGGGGCUGUACAUGCGGGUUCGCGACCGCCUCAACAUCACGGUGGACCACCUGGAAUUCGCCGAGGGAGACCGCGACCACUACACCAUGCUGCUGCGCACCGUGCGGCGUAAAGGCCGAGUUAUCUACAUCUGCAGCUCCCCGGAUACCUUCAGAGCCCUCAUGCUUCUGGCCCUGGAAGCUGGCCUGAGUGGGAACGACUAUGUUUUCUUCCACCUGGACCUCUUUGGGCAAAGCCUGCAAGGUGCACACGGCCUUGCUCCCCGCAGGCCCUGGGAGAGAGGAGAUGGGCAGGAUGUCAGUGCCCACCAGGCCUUUCGGGCUGCCAAAAUCAUUACAUAUAAAGAGCCGGAUAAUCCCGAGUACUUGGAAUUCCUACAGAAGCUAAAACGCUUGGCCCUUGAGCAGUUCAACUUCACCAUGGAGGAUGGCCUGGUGAACACCAUCCCAGCAUCCUUCCACGAUGGGCUCCUGCUCUACAUCCAGGCGGUGACGGAGACUCUAGCACACGGGGGAGCUGUCACUGAUGGGGAGGGCAUCACUCAGCGGAUGUGGAACCGAAGCUUCCAAGGUGUGACAGGAUACCUGAAAAUGGACAGCAAUGGAGACCGGGAGACCGACUUCUCCCUCUGGGAUAUGGAUCCUAACACUGGUGCCUUCAGGGUUGUUCUGAACUUCAAUGGGACUUCCCAAGAACUGGUGACCAUGUCAGGGUGCAAACUGAACUGGCCCCUGGGGUAUCCACCUCCCGAUGUCCCCAAGUGUGGCUUUGACAAUGAGGACCCAGCCUGCAACCAAGACCACUUCUCCACCCUGGAGGUGCUGGCUUUGGUGGGGAGCCUCUCCCUUCUCAGUAUCCUGAUCGUCUCCUUCUUCAUAUACAGGAAGAUGCAGCUGGAGAAGGAACUGGCCUCAGAGCUGUGGCGAGUGCGCUGGGAGGACCUGCAGCCCAGUAGCCUUGAGAGGCAUCUCCGGAGUGCAGGCAGCCGGCUGACCCUGAGCGGGAGAGGCUCCAAUUAUGGCUCCCUACUGACCACAGAGGGCCAACUCCAAAUCUUUGCCAAGACAGCGUAUUAUAAGGGCAACCUCGUGGCUGUGAAACGUGUGAACCGGAAACGCAUUGAGCUGACACGGGAAGUCCUGUUUGAGCUGAAGCAUAUGCGGGAUGUACAAAACGAACACUUGACCAGGUUUGUGGGAGCCUGCACUGAUCCCCCCAACAUCUGUAUCCUCACAGAGUACUGUCCCCGUGGGAGCCUACAGGACAUCCUGGAGAAUGAGAGCAUCACUCUGGACUGGAUGUUCCGGUACUCGCUCACCAAUGACAUUGUCAAGGGUAUGCUGUUCUUACACAAUGGAGCCAUUUGCUCCCAUGGGAACCUCAAGUCAUCCAACUGUGUGGUAGACGGGCGCUUUGUGCUCAAGAUCACCGAUUACGGGCUGGAGAGCUUCAGGGAUCCAGAGCCAGAGCAAGGACACACCCUCUAUGCCAAAAAGUUGUGGACAGCCCCUGAGCUCCUGCGAAUGGCCUCACCCCCUGCCCGGGGUUCCCAGCCUGGUGAUGUGUACAGCUUUGGGAUCAUCCUUCAGGAGAUUGCCCUGAGGAGCGGCGCCUUCCACGUGGAAGGUUUGGACCUCAGUCCCAAAGAGAUCAUCGAGCGUGUGACUCGGGGCGAGCAGCCCCCCUUCCGGCCCUCCCUGGCCCUGCAGAGUCACCUGGAGGAACUGGGGCAGUUGAUGCAGCGCUGCUGGGCCGAGGACCCACAGGAGCGGCCGCCCUUCCAGCAGAUCCGCCUGAUGUUGCGAAAAUUUAACAGGGAGAACAGCAGCAACAUCCUGGACAACCUGCUGUCACGCAUGGAGCAGUACGCCAACAACCUGGAGGAGCUGGUGGAGGAGCGGACCCAGGCCUACCUGGAGGAGAAGCGCAAGGCCGAGGCCCUGCUCUACCAGAUUCUGCCUCACUCAGUGGCUGAGCAGCUGAAGCGCGGGGAGACGGUCCAGGCCGAAGCCUUUGACAGCGUCACCAUCUACUUCAGUGACAUCGUGGGUUUCACAGCCCUAUCAGCAGAGAGCACGCCCAUGCAGGUGGUGACCCUGCUCAACGACCUGUACACUUGCUUUGAUGCUGUCAUAGACAAUUUUGACGUAUACAAGGUGGAGACCAUUGGUGACGCCUACAUGGUGGUGUCCGGGCUCCCGGUGCGGAACGGGAGGCUGCACGCCCGCGAGGUGGCCCGCAUGGCCCUGGCGCUGCUGGACGCGGUCCGCUCCUUCCGCAUCCGCCACCGGCCCCAGGAGCAGCUGCGCCUGCGCAUCGGCAUCCACACGGGACCCGUGUGUGCCGGCGUGGUGGGGCUGAAGAUGCCCCGGUACUGUCUCUUUGGGGACACAGUCAACACUGCCUCACGAAUGGAGUCUAAUGGGGAAGCCCUGAAGAUCCACUUAUCUUCUGAAACCAAGGCUGUCCUGGAGGAGUUUGGUGGUUUCGAGCUGGAGCUUCGAGGGGAUGUAGAAAUGAAGGGCAAAGGCAAAGUUCGGACCUACUGGCUCCUGGGGGAGCGAGGGAGUAGCACCCGAGGUUGACCUGGGUCCCCUCCUGGCCUUCCAUUCCCCCCUUCCCUGGGCCGGAGAUGACAGAGAGAUGCCAGCAUCAGCCCGUCCACAGCAACCCCACAUUGCCAAACAAGUGGCUUGAAUAACUCAGAUGUGCUGACCCCAGUGGAGACACCAGAUACUACCUCUGACAGAGGACUGGUAUGGGGGAGAACUUGGAGCCCACAGGACGGGACCAAAACUCACAGUCAUGCCCAGGGAAAACACACACACACACACACACACACACACACACACACGUAAGCACACACACUCACUGUCCACCCUAUCCCAGCCCAGGCCAAGGUGGGAUGUGGAUUCCUGAAUCCUCCUGCCCCUCCCUGUGCCCACUGUGACUAUUAUGGGAGGGGGGGGGGGUGGGAAGAGCCCCCUGAGUGGGAAUAGGAGAAGGGACUAAACAUGAAUCUAGGGGCUGGGGGAAGCCCACAUCUGGGCCUAGCCCACAUGGGCCACAAGCACCCUGAAUCCCCCAUGACCCAACACAAGAUAUUCAGCACAUAGGGGAGAAAGGGAAGUACAGAGGGCUGUGGGCUUGCACGCCUUGCUUCUCCUGUGAGUGGAGACCAUUAAAGUCUUUAUUCCAGUGACAGUGUCCUUUCUCGAGCCAGGGUUGCCAAGAAACACAACCAUAUUCUCUACCCUCAGCUUUAAAUAAGACGUUUCUCAAGCUGGCAAUUUAAUAUGUGAGCAAGUUCCCUUCAAGUUUGAGGAACCAGUGUAACAGCCUGUGAGUGACCCCAGCAGUGCUCACUCUGUUGGUCUCAGGAUCUGUUUACACCCUUCAGAACUACUGAGGGCCCCAAAGAGCUUUCAUGUGGGUUAUAUUUAUCGAUAUAUUCUGUAUUAGAAAUGAAAACAAGUCUUUAUUAACUCAUUUAAAAUAACUUUAAUAAACCCAUCACAUGUUAA